UGGUAAUGCGCAAUGUUAUGCGCAGUGCAUGAGGAAAUCUUAACAAUUUCUUUCCUUCAUAGAACUUUGCUAUAUUCUCAUGUAAAACGGAUAUAAUCGCACAAAAAGUUCGGAUAGUAUUUCUUAAGUAAAGGAAUGGGGUGCGAUUUAGCGAAUCGUUUGGUCUAUGUAACUUAUUCCAUGCUGUGGACUGUUUUACUGAACACUGUGUUUUCUGACAUGAUGACUGUCGCCUGUCCCGCUCCCUGUGAGUGCAGACCGUCGGGUGUGUGUACGGGGACGUAUGUGGAUUGUAGAAACAAAGGAUUAAAGGAGGUCCCGACCGGCAUACCCAAGGAUACGUGUAAUCUGGACUUAGAAGGUAAUCAGAUAUCAAGGAUCGACAACAACACCUUUAAAGGGCUACCACAGUUGGAGUAUCUGUACCUAUGGUAUAAUCAGAUAACAAGGAUCGACAACGAGACUUUUGCGGGGCUAUCACAGCUGAGAACACUGGACUUAAGGAGUAAUCAGAUAUCAAGGAUCGACAACAACACCUUUAAAGGGCUACCACAGUUGGAGUAUCUGUCCCUAUCGUCUAAUCAGAUAACAAGGAUCGACAUCGACGCAUUUGCGGGGCUAUCACAGCUGAGAACACUGUCCUUAGGGGGUAAUCAGAUAUCAAGGAUCAGCAACAACACCUUUAAAGGGCUACCACAGUUGGAGACUCUGUACCUAACGUAUAAUCAGAUAACAAGGAUCGACAACGAGGCUUUUGCGGGGCUAUCAGAGCUGAGAGAACUGAGCUUAAGUGGUAAUCAGAUAUCAAGGAUCGACAACAACACCUUUAAAGGGCUACCACAGUUGGAGAUUCUGUACCUAUCGAAUAAUCAGAUAACAAGGAUCGACAACGAUGCUUUUGCGGGGCUAUCAGAGCUGAGAGAACUGUAUUUGGAUAACAACAUGAUAACCAGCAUUGAAAGCAUCGUAUUUGAGAAGUUGCCACAGCUUCAGGCAUUGUAUGUUGGAGGAAAUCCCUUUCAAUGUUCGUGUGAUUUACAAUCGUUUGUGGAAUUUAUGAAGGGAUUUCUGCCAUACAACGAACUAUUCUAUGCUGAACCGACAUGCAGUUCCCCUGACCACUUUAAAGGAAAGAAAAUCAUUAACGUUUCUUAUCACAAUAUGAGCUGUGACUCUACUUCCAAACAAGCGGUUACCCUUCCGAAGACUGAGGACGAUGUCUCUACACAACCGAUAAUUAAGACAACAUCGAGAAUUGAAGACCAGCAUAGCACAGAACAAGCGGUUACCCUUCCGAAGACUGAGGACGAUGUCUCUACACAACCGAUAAUUAAGACAACAUCGAGAAUUGGAGACCAGCAUAGCACAGAACCAGCGGUUACCCUUCCGAAGACUGAGGACGAUGUCUCUACACAACCGAUAAUUAAGACAACAUCGAGAAUUGGAGACCAGCAUAGCACAGAACCAGCGGUUACCCUUCCGAAGACUAAGGACGAUGUCCCUACACAACAGAUAAUCAAGACAACACCAAGAAUUGGAGACCAGCAAACCACAGAACCAGCGGUUACCUUUACAAAAUCAAAAGACGGUGCCCUUACACGACAGACAGUCAAGACAACACCGAGAAUCGGAGACCAGCAUACCACAGGUAAAAGCUGACACUGGUACACUAAUAUUAAUCAAGACGACUCAAAUUGUGUGUAAUUGUUGACGGUUUUUUUUUGGUCACUGUAUACAGUACAAUGAACAUAAUUAUUAUCAUGAAUUGUUGAAAAAUGGAACAAUUCAAAUUUCGCGAUCACAAAACAAUAUUAAUAGCGUCAAUGAAAAAUACCAUUUUAUAUAUGCAACCCCCAUCCCAAAAAACCCAAACAAAGAAAAAAACCAAACACAUUGUUUAAGCUUGCUGAUUCUGGGAAAUUUAAGGCAGGCAUUUGAAAUCAAGGUUCAUUAAUCUAAAAUCAGUGGAGCUACUUUUGACCAGACCAUGAAAUCUCCAGGCAGGUAUAUGAUAUAUUUUAUUUAUGUUUAUUAUAUCUAAUUUAUGUUAUAUGUGCAACUUUAUAUUUUGUUGGAAAUUGAAAAUAUUGAAUAUAAUUAAAAGCUGACAAUAAGUAUUAUAUGGUUUACACAUGCAUAAAGUUUUAGAUUAAAAACUCAACAAAACUAUUCUAUAUGGUAUUUUUCCUACAAAAACCCGAGAAAACAUUUUUCGCGCAACAUUUCGUUUGCUGAACCGUAGUAAGAAAAGAUGUUCAAGAUCAACGUGCGUUCCAAAACGUCGAAGAAAAAAAACCAAAUCAGCAUGGUCAAACAAGGGUAUAGUCAUUGAAAAUGUUACUAUUAUUAAUGAAUCAAGGUAAGAAAAUAAUUGCAAAUAAUUAUGAAAUAUAUUACACUUGCAUUGAUGUCAUAGAUUGUUUACUUUUAUCAUGCAAACAUAGAUGACAAAGAUCAUCCAAAGUAUGCAUAUGUAAAUAUACAACAAAAUGUACAGGUUAAAAUAGCAGCCCUCCGUUUAUUUUAAAGGAAAAUCAACUAGCGACAUUCCUGUUGGAUUAAGAUAACUCUUCCGCUAGAGAGAGAUUUCUCAAGUGGUGACCUUAAACAUCGAGGUAGUUCUAGUGUUGGUACUUACUGUGGUUCUUGACCUUGCUGUGGUGUGGGCGGCAGAGGAGCGCCAUCGUUCUAAUUCCUCACUAUGGACGAGCUCUCCCAUUACCUUCAAGUAUGUAACGGAUCAUUGGGUACUUACAUCAGCCCAACACCACUACAUACAGAAUACUACGCCCGAACAGCAAAGCUACUAGAAACAUCAAUAAGACACAUACUUUCUGAUAAUAAUAUAUUGUUCCUGCAAUGUUUACUUUCUAGCAAACUUGAUUUUUUUCCAAAGGUAUGUUGCAUUAUAGUUUGGAAUUAAUUAUGUGUUUUCCUUUAAGUUAGAAUGCUCCUUCUGCUAGAGAGAGAAUUCUGUACUGGUGAACUUGAACAUCAAGGUGGUUCUAGAGUUGGUACUUACUUCGAGUCUUGACCUCGAUGUGGUGUGGGAUGCAGACGUGCACCAUCGUUCUACUUCUUCACACCUGGAUAUCGUCAUUUCCAAAGCAAUCAACAACAGUCCGAAAGCUCUUGGGGGAAAAUAAACCAAACCUGAAGUGCUCAUGAUAUAAUAUCAAGCAAAGACCAGAACCAGGUCAAAAUUGCUACAUCGUUCUUAACAUCUUGGGAGUUAGAUGGAAAUCAGCAACCCCGACGGUGGGACAAACGAAAGUGCAAGUGGUUCACUGUUUUGCAGAUAUCUGUUGAGAUACAAAUAAAGCAGUCAACAAUGACACUAUGGUGGCAGGCUCAUUUUCUCUAUCUACCAAACAGACGGCACAGAUGGACAACAUUACACUUUCUAAUUCGGCUUAAUAGUCAACAGUGAUAUUGAAGUAUGUUCUGUUGUAUGAUCAAUUGCCUGAGAUUGUCAUUACGUACAGGACACAUCACAAGGCACAUACAUCUCGACCAUCUGAGUUGUUAUAAUACUUGCUGGAAUGAAUGAUCGAUCGCCGGUCACUACGCACAAGACAUAUCACAUGGCACAGAUAUCUCGACCAUCUGAGCAGUUCUAAUACUUGCUGGAACAGAUUAACCCUCAAAUGUUGGAUGACUUAGUUGGAUUCAUCAACUGAUAUGGACUGUUCAUCCACUCAAAUACGCUGCGACCAAGCUUAUCGAUAUGACUGUUUUGAUCAUAUACAACUUGUGCACUUUUUACCUCUAUAACAUUAUCAUUACCAAUUAAGAUUAGCUAUAUUCAGAUAAAUAAAGAUGUAAUUAACAGUAUGAGCUGCAUUUUUAAUAUGUGAGACGCACAACGUAGGAUUGUUAUUUUUUUUCCAUAUGACCCAAAAUAUGACUUUUUAAAAAAGAAUCAAGUAGUCAUAGCAUGUAAUUUUAAUGUUAUUUAAAUGUUAUUCUGAGAUAAAAUGUUAUUGGUACCCCGUAACAAAUAAACCUAUCCACGCUUUUGUUUAACAUUAACUCCUUCCUUUUUAUCAGGUAAAAAAAUGAAAUUAAAAAUGGCUUUGUGUAGUUAACUUAGACUCUAAAACAACAAAGCUAGCAUUGAUUUAAACAUGGUUAAAAUUUGGUCUACAAUCUAGUUGGCAGAUAAAAUGCAUCUUAAAGAAAUAAGUUGAUUACUUUUUUUAAGUACAUGUGAUAAUUUUAAAGAAAUACUUCUGAAAAAAUAUAGAUUUAUUUUGAAAUUACUCGUAGUCCAAUAGUUUGUUUACUGUAUUUUUAUCAUUUUUUUACAGAAUGUUCAAGGUAAUAAAGUGUGUAAAUAGGUCAUAAAGAUUUCAAAUAUUUUUUUUAGAACCUCUUAAUAUUUUUUAAUCUUAUUAUUAGAUUUUCAUUGUUUUGUUUCUGGGUUAUGGUCACACUUUUAGCUUAACUAUUUUGUUUCCGUUUACUUUAUUUUCAACAUAUUGAUGACUUCAUUUCAAAUUAUUGAAGAUAUUCUUAAUAUUAUAUUUUAUUUAAAAAGAGAGAUACAGUGACUCAGUAUUUUGUUCAAGAUUUUCAAGACGUUGUUAACGGCAAUGACAUAUUUUAUUUCCGUAUGUAAUGUAUUAGUAAGUUCCAUAAAGAAUAACAACUCUCAAUAUAAAGUAAAUUAUAAAUCUCCUUCCUUUAAAUGUAAAUUGGGUUAAUUUUGUUAAAGAAAUAGCUUUUUGUUGUUUUCUUUACUGUACAAAAUCUGAAAACGAAAAUUUUACAAGUUGUUUUUAUUCAACUUUAUUUUUAAAAUAAAAUGUAAAUAAUGUACCUCGCUUGUAACUCGACAUCUAACGUUCGAUUACACUCUGUCCCGAGGUUUGGCUUCCACCACUUUUUGCUUGAUAUUUCAAUAAUAGUAAAUACCUUUGUGCUCAAACUACGUUCAUUCACUAAAUAUGAAAAGUGUCCAGAUGAACUGUUUUGAAUCGCCCCCUCUACCGCUUCAGGUUUCAAUACACAUACCAAAAUUGAAAGUCUACGGAGAUUUUGCAUUGCAUCAGCCAUUAAUAAGCCCGGAUGAUAACGUUAAAAAAUUAUGCGAAGUAUCCCGAGUACUUCUGAAUGAAGAACAGAUGUAAACAUUGCCCAUUAUAAAUCUCCGUAAGAAAAUUGUUUUCGUUCCUGUGAAAUUUUAUGAGUGAAAAGGGAUAAUUGUUCAAUGAAGAUAUCUUGGAUAUAUUCCCUUUCAUCUAUUUCAAUUGUAUUCCUUUCACAGGUAUGUGCAUUUUUAUAAAAAAAAUCAACAAAAAAUGAUGGAAGCAAUAACUUGGGACAGACUAUAGUAAUAAGUCAUCUAUAUGACAAAAAAGUAACUGUAUUGUAGUUAUCAUCUGAAAUUGUGACCAAAUCCCUCUAAGAUGUAAAAAAAAAAUAACUUGUAUGACCUAUUUGUUAAAGCUCAUGUGAGUUUUUCUGAUCAAAAUUUGGCAGGUGUCUGCUGCCUUCCUGUCUUAGGUCAAUGCAUUGAUUGCUUACAUUAAUUCUUACUCUAUGAAUUGAAUUGAAUUUAUUUUUGGAGAUUUUUUUAGCUUUGUUUAAAUGAAGAACCAUGCCAUCGUUUUUAAGGAAAACAAGAAAAUAAGGUUUUCUCUUACUUUGCCGAUUCAAGCCGUUUUGCAAGUUUCCCUUUAGUCUAGUUAGGGUUCUGGCUUAGUUAUUUAACAAGUAAUUUUAUGACAUUGGUUUGGUGAAACGUGGAAAUGGCGCUUACGCGUUAUCGUUUCCCGGUAUUGUACACUGUAUUCAUAAAGCCAUAGAACAAAGUAUAAUUUACUCGAGGCGGCGAUCGCAUUAUAAAAUUAGAGUUUGUUAAUAUAUCAUUCAGAGAAACAUUUGAGCAUUUUAAAGAUGCUAUUUUAUUUUAAAGAUAUUGUAUAAGCCCAUAUAUAAUGUCAAUAUGUACCAAAAAUAUGGGGAUGAAGUAAAAUGUUUGCGCUUUAUCAAGAAAUUUUCAAAGCGUCUCAUAGCGUCUCAUUGCAAAAUUGAUAACAUUCGAGACAAUCUCAUAGGAAAUCGGGGCGGUAAAUACAUUUUUUUAAAAUUUAGAAAUAAUUGUAAUAAAAGUAAAACUACUAAUUUUCAUCAACAUAUCUAGGGUAGAAAUAAUUAUAAUCGGCCUCAUUAAUGGUUUUUAUAAAGAUACACUAAUUUAUUGUAAAGUGAUAAAGGAGAUACGGAUUAUUCAACCAAGAAAAUCAUUUUUUCGGAGAGCAUCGCCAAAUGAUGAUUUUAUUUUACUGGAGAAAAAACUCUUCAUAUAUCCUAAGCAUUCAUGAAAGUAAUAUAAUAUACCGAAAGACAUUCUGGCAUUUUAAAAAUUACGCCGUGUUUUAAAACAAAGCAAAAAACGUUGUGAAUAUUUGACUUUCUAUGUCUAUAUUUCCAUUUUAUUCAUAUAUUCAAAUCAUAUAUAGUUGAAUUGGUUUCUGAUAUAAAUAAAAAUAAUACUUUUCAACAUUUAAAAUUAUAUCAUGUCUGUCUAUGUCAUGUGCUUAUCGCGACUCUUUCAUACCAAUGAAAUGAAAAAUGCCGAGACUGCAAAAGUGGUCAAAUGUAAUAUUUAUUCAGGAGAUAGGGCGGUUUUUAACCCUGUUACGUCUCUGCCUAGACCAAUCAGAUGGCGGGUUAAAUAGAAUUAUUACAAUGAGGUACAACAAUGUUAUUUGUAUUAUUAAAGCUAGCUAACCAAUACCAGUUCGGUUGUACUAUAUUCACUGGAACAAUAAUGCGAUCAACAUUAAAUAAUAGUUUAAAAGAAUCUUUUAAUCUAAUGAAGAAAUAAUGUUAAUAAAUAUUAAAAAAAAAAAACUUUUUAAAUAAUCAAAAAUUUAUAAAGUGAUUAUUUUUGUCAAUUGUUUACAUUGUGAAAAAAGGUCAUUUUUGAUCAGGUGAGCGGUAUGGCUCAUGAGUUUCUUUUUUUCUGAUGUUAUACAUUUUAAAACAUAUGUUUAUAGAAUAUUGUUUGAUUGAAAGGUGAUUUGAAUUACUUAUUUUGAGAUUCUUUGUUACAGUUAUAUUAAUAUUCUGGUAUUCAAUGUAUAAUGAAGGAAUGUUGAACAAUUUUGAAUCAUUUAAGAUUACUUAGAUAUGUAUAACUAUUGCUAGAUAUUAAUGAAAGUGAAACAAAUCAAAUGUACAUUACUGACAACAUAUAAGAAGCCGGUCGGUUUACACCUUAAACAUUUCUGAAGACUUGUCUUCCCUUGAUGAAAAAAGAAAAUUUGAAUUUUAUCAAAAUAUCUGCGGUAAGAGAUUCAUUUAUUUUCAUAUUUUAAUAAAAAAGAACGAUUAUGCAUACAAUCUGGUUAGUUUUGCAAUAUUAUACCUAGAUGUCAGUUUUGAAUGUUUUUUUUAUGUUUUUUUUAUGGUAUAGCUGAUUAUUAAUAUAAUUGAAUAUAUUAUAUUUGUUUUUAAUUGACAUAAUAAAUAAUAUAGGAAUGAAUUUUGUUAUUGGUGUUUAUUGUUUUAAAAAAUAUAAAUAUACAUGACGCUUUGAUAAUAAACUGUAGUUAUUCAUGAUUUCUAGUUUUGUUUUAUGUCAUGUUGUAAAUGGUGAAUUUACCGGGUGGCAGUAAAUACAAUUUGUCAUGAUUGAACCAAACAAACCUCGAUGA